AUGGAGGUUGAGCACUUACCAGAAGGGCUCCAAUCUGAAAAUCAUCUAGAAGGUGAUGCUCCAAUCCAAGCUUCGAGCUGUAGUUCUCGGUUCUCUCUUCUGAAAACGCUCGUCGAAGAAGCAACAAAUGAUCAUGAAAUCACAAAAACCGAGCCUCAAAUUGCGCAAGCGCUAUUAAGUCUGAAACACGCUUUUCGAUUUCCACAUGGACCCUCAGCACUUAAACAUGGACCUUCCCAAGCUUCUCAAGCUCCAGAUCCCAACUAUCUGUCCAUAGGAUCACAAAGCAACCAUUCAGAAACUCCUACCUUACCGUUGAUUCAGGAUAAGAAACUACGGGCUGCUGUCUUUAUGCACCCUGCUUGUGCCAAAUUGCAUGACGCUAGCUAUGACCGCUUGGAGGUAUUGGGGGAUGCAUAUAUCGAACUGAUGUCGACAAAAUUGGUGUGGAGGAAGUUUCCUGGGAUUCCUGCUGGAAGGAUAUCUCAGAUCCGGGAAAUAUUAGUCAAGAAUGAGACGCUUGCAACAUUCUCUGAGAAAUAUGGCUUUGAUCGAGAAGCAACGGUACCAGUGAACUACUCUGAACAGCCAAAACGAUGGAUCAAAACCAAAGGGGACAUUUUCGAAGCUUAUGUGGCCGCUGUCAUACUGUCUGAUCCACGAGAAGGCUAUGAUAUUGUGGAGCAGUGGCUGAUUGCUUUGUGGUCGCCAAUGCUAGACAAGUUAGGGCAUCAGAAAGUGGAGUUGCGGUCCAAGGAGGAACUUGCAAAAAAGGUCAUGGGCAAAGGGGUCAAGCUAGAAUAUGUCAACGAGCGUGACCCCAUUCAAGAAAGGGGUGGUACCCAGAUAUUUUUUAUUGGUGUAUACCUCACAGGCUGGGGAUGGGAAAAAUUGCACCUUGGCUCAGGGAAGGGAUUAAGCAAAGUGGCAGCAGGUGAUGAGGCAGCUCGGUGUGCACUACUUAAUACGCCAAUGAUUUCUAGAAUCAUGACAGCAAAGAUGAAAAUCAUGAAAGGGAAAUAG